UCUUAGGUCCAAAGCGGACCUAAAGCCAUACGGCUUUCCCACUGCGCAGGCGCAGCCCUUCGGCCCGCAUGCGCACUCCGUCCAGCGCGGCCUGAAGAAAUUUCCUUUCACACGCCAUCUUUGGCAGCCUCCUGUGUCUCCUACCUUCUCCGUUUUCCUAGACCCUGCAGAGCAUUAACUAGGAGAAAGUGAAAUGGAAGUUCUGCGCCCACAGAUUGUAACAAUUGAUGGAAGAAAUUACAGGAAGAAUCCUAUCCAAGAAAAGAGUUAUCAACAUGAAGAAGAUGAGGAGGAUUUCUAUCAAGACUCCAUGGAGGGUGCCGAUGAGCCCUGUGAUGCAUAUGAGGUGGAGCAGACUGCGCAGGGGUUCCGGGCGACUGUGAGUGCCCCCAGCCUGCUGUACAAGCAUAUAGUUGGAAAGAGAGGGGAUACUAAGAAGAAAAUAGAAAUGGAAACCAAAACUUCUAUUACGAUUCCUAAGCCUGGACAAGAUGGAGAAAUUGUCAUCACUGGCCACCAUCGAAAUGGUGUCAUUUCGGCCCGAACUCGGAUUGAUGUUCUCUUGGACACUUUUAGAAGAAAGCAGCCCUUUACCCACUUCCUUUCUUUUUUCCUUAAUGAAGCUGAGGUUCAGGAAGGAUUCCUGAAAUUCCAGGAGAAAGUCCUAGAGAAGUGCUCCAAGGACCGUGGCGUCGACAGCUCCGUUUUCCAAAAUCCCAAAAAGCUUCACCUCACAAUUGGGAUGUUGGUGCUUCUAAGUGAGCAAGAGGUCCAGCAGACUCGAGAGAUGCUCCAGCGCUGUAAGGAGGAGUUCAUUAAUGACAUUGCGGGGGGCAAACCCCUGCAAGUAGAGAUGGCAGGGAUAGAAUACAUGAACGACGACCCCGGGAUGGUGGAUGUGCUUUAUGCCAAAGUCCAUAUGAAAGACGGCUCCAACAGGCUGCAGGAAUUGGUGGAUCGAGUACUGGAACGCUUUCAGGCUUCUGGACUAAUAGUGAAAGAAUGGAAUAGUGUGAAGCUGCAUGCUACGGUCAUGAAUACACUAUUCAGGAAAGACCCCAAUGCUGAAGGCAGGUACAAUCUCUACACAGCGGAUGGCAAAUAUAUCUUCAAGGAAAGAGAAUCAUUUGAUGGCCGGAACAUUUUGAAGUUGUUUGAGAACUUCCACUUUGGCUCUCUGAAGCUCAAUUCCAUUCACAUCUCUCAGAGGUUCACCGUGGACAGCUUUGGGAACUACGCCUCCUGCGGGCAGAUUGACUUCUCCUGAGGUGGACCUUGGGGGCCCCUGGACGCUGAACACCCUCAGCAGGGUGUCUGUAAAGAAACCAUGUCGUGCACAGGACUGCACAGAAAGUUCUGGAAGAACAUGAGCCCCGCAGCCCUCAGUCCCGCUCCAGCACCUCCUCCGCCUCCUGUGCUCCUGCCCACAUGCUCUCCUUUCUCAUUCCUCCGUGCCUUACUCCCACCUUGAUUCUUCCUUUCUGUUCUUGGAUUCUUCCUUGAACCUGUGUGAAGGUUGCCGAAUUGUAAGGAUGGUGUCUGGCGUUCAGUGAGACCGCACAGAUCACUUGUGAAUAAAUGUAUCUCCACAGCGUCCAUGCUUGCUGCUAGUGUUGUCACACGCUUUAGUCCGUGUGUGGCAUAGGUGUCGCUUCUCAUGUGGGAUUUACGUGUUGGUGCCUUCAGGGUCAGUUUCCCUCUAAGGACCUCUGCUUUCUCUUGGUGGAAUUGUGUUAUAAUUUGAGGUUUCACAGUACCACGUUGUUCAUUUGCGAUGUCACCUCACCUCAGCUGGUUUGACAGCACCUGGGACCGAUUGCGCCCCGGGAUGCCUGAGUCCUGACCCGACCUGGCGUUCGGUGCCCCAUGUUACACAGUGCUGCCUGUCUCCUGUGUCCUCUCAUGGGCCAGGGGUAAAGAGGUCUUCUUUGGGGCGUCAGAUUUAUGACUUAGGCUUACAGGACAUUUUGUUUUUAGCUUUAGUUUUUGGAAAAUGUAACAUUACAUAUCAAAUACUAAAUUCUGAAUAGAACUAGAAAUUCUGUUAUUUAGAAUGCAGAGGUGACUGUUCCCUGUACACAUAGCAGCUGUUUCAUAGUAACUUUUCCCAAGUUACUGCCAUUUUACUCAUCCUCUCACAACUGUACAGUGUAGUCGCCAGAGGUUCCGUGGCAUGGUGACACCCUCACUCGGGUGACUAGUGGCUGCAUGCAUGUAUAUCCUUGUGUUUGGUAGGUAUUGGUAGGAUUGGGAAAAAUUUUCAUUCAUCUUUUAAGUUUUCCUUCUGAAAAUGUAGACAAAUCUUGAGGGCAGUGUAGCACUAAAGAAAAUGCAGUGAGCAACAGGUUCUUUUGAUGUAGAACUUUUCUGAAAAACCAGCAAUGGUAGGAAGCAGGUACCUUUGGAUGGACCAGAAAUAAUUUUUGCAGAUUCAGGGUCCUGCUGCUGAGUGUACAGAGCCCAGGGUUUCAUCCCUUCACCACCAAAAGAAGAAGAAAAAACAAUUCAAGGUCUCUUUUUAUCACAUGGUAAUGGGGUAAAUAUUUGCUACUGUAUUUCUAAACAUAUCUUGUUUAAUGUUACCACUAUGCAAUUCGUUCUCCACUGAAAUAGUUCAUUGUACCUUAAAGUUGCUCCAGCCAGCUUGUCAGGCACUGACUUCACCCUCAUUUGCAUUAAGAACAGGCAGGGAAGCCAGACAUGGUGGCUCAUGCCUGUGAUCCCAGCACUUGGGAGGCAGGGGGAUUUCAGCAGGUUUGAAGCCAGCCUGGGCUACAUAGCUUAAAAAAAGGGAGAGAGAGUGUGUGUGGUGGGGGGCUACCACCACUACUAUUGUUUUGCAGAAUCUUUGUUGCUAAUGCAAGGAACUUUGUGAUGGAAAAUAAAUUUGAUUUUUUUUCCUGGAAGGUGUAGAGUGAACUCCUUGCUCAUAGUGGCUACAGUAUAAAUAUUACUCAGAAUGAUUGUUUUCAUUGAGGCCCUGGGUUUCUUGAACAGGGUACAGAGUUGUAAUGGCCAGCGCUCAGCCUGUGAUCGGGCUCCGUGCCCUUUUCCUGGAGCUGAAGGAAACUUGAUGGCAGCAAAGGUGCAGAGUCAGCAGAGCUCCCCCUGCACUGCAGGAGUACCAUGUUGCAGCGGGUGGCUACUGAGGUAUGAUGAUGUCAAACGUGAUGCCGAUGCUACAGUUACAGACACAGCCCCUGCUGGCGCAGCC